UAGAGAAUGAUAAGGGAAUGUAAACACAACGUAAAAUGUAGCUAGCAACUUUACUUCUUUACUUGGAAAAUUGAGUUUUUGAACGUUGAAUUUAAGUCUUUCAAAGAAUAAUUAAUAAUGGAUAACGACGUGAAUAUCACCGAAGAAGACGUAGUCAUUACUGUUAAAAUUUUAGUACAAGAUCACGAAAUACAUUCCAUCAUCGGCGAAAAUGAAUCUAUCUUGAAACAAAUCAGAGGAAGUUCCGGUGCCAGCAUAAGUAUAUCGGAUGGGUCAUGUCUGGAUCGUGUUGUAACAAUUACUGGUACUGUUGAAGAAAUGUACGAUGGAGGCAGAAUGGUUCUCGAACGACUUUCAGCGUAUAACGAAGAAACCGAUAAUGACUUCGAUCCGGAUAAUGUAGCUUUAAAACUAAUAGUACCAGCUUCCCAGUGCGGUUCACUGAUCGGUAAAGGGGGUAGUAAGAUCAAGGAAAUAAGAGACUGUAGCGGUGCAGCUAUGCAAGUUUCAGCUGAUAUGCUUCCUCAUUCUACUGAAAGAAUCGUCCAUAUAUCUGGACAUAUUGAAUCUAUAUUAGAUUGUAUUUACGAAAUUUGUUAUUCAUUAGUAACGUCACCGGUCAAAAGUAAUUCUGUACCUUAUAAACCUACAACCGAUAUGGUAGAAGGACCUAUUGUAUUUGCAGAUGGAAAAGCGUAUACUUUACAAGGCUCAACUGCUGUUCCUAUUGCCGACGUUAAUUUUCUUCUGAAAAAUGAACUUCUUCAACCAUUUCUUGGAAUUACCACUAGUUCCGAUGCUGCAGCUAUUGCGAGGAUGUUAAAAUCGCACGUAUUCAACAGUAAAUCCAACCCUCCAUCGGAUAGGAAACCAAAUUUCUAUAAACAAGAGUACAGAGUACCUGAUAGCUGCGCUGGCGGUAUGGUUGGAAAAAAUGGAAUCAAGAUUUCAGAAAUAAGACAAGUCACAGGAGCUUUAAUUCAUCUUCCAAAUUUAGAUGAAAAUUCUUCACAUGAAAUAAAAGAACGAAUGGUUACUUUAGAAGGUACUCGGGAAUCCAUAGCUUUGGCAAAAUUUUUGAUAAAUACGAGCAUCGAAUUACAAAAAACCAACUUCGACAAUCCUCAAAAUACCGAACAAUUUGAUAAUGUGGAAACGGAAUCGGCUACGUCUACGUUAGUUAGCAUUUUAUCAAGACCAGGAGCAUUGAGUGUGGUUUCUUCAUUCUUAGGAUAUCAAAAUAUUUCCGAAUUUAUUAAUAGUUUUGAAAAUUAUCGAUUUUGAUUCGUGAUCAUGAAUUUAGAAAAUAGAUUCGCUGAUUUUUUUAUUUUAUUUAUUUUUUGUACUUUGUAGGCAUUUUUUUCAAGUGUUUGACGAAUUGAAAAAAAUUUACUUGUUCUGAGAAAACGCUUAUUAUGUAUAGUAUUUAUUCGAAAAAAAAAUAAUGUACAUAAUGCGACAUUUAUCAUUUUGUAAUUAAUUAAUAAACGAGACUCAACUGUAAAUAGGGUCAAUUUUA